UUGCACCACUGCACCGCUCUUUCAGCGAGACAGUCCAAUUUAUGCAUUACGGCUAUGUAGGCACUACACGAUAUCAAAACGCUGCGCCCGGGCUUACUCCACUUACUGUCAUCAUCGUUGCAAUAUUAUCAGAACUUUGCAAGUGCCUACAAGACUAAAUUCACUGCAUUACAUCUUCUUUGGUUCUACAACAAAGUGUUUAUUAUAUCUUAACGCAAUAUUAGAACACAGUGGCAUAUAAUAAAAACGCGAAAGUGAAGCGAUAUUACACGUUCGAGCACGCGUUAACAUUGGUGGAAUCCGGAAUAUGAAUUUUAUACCAAUUGGAGGAUUGUGACUCUGUUUUUGUGACGUAUCUGGUGCUCCGUCAUUCGAUUUACUCAAAAUUAAUACUGUGAAGAUUUCGAAUCUCGUACAGCUAUGGCAGAAGGGAAUGGGGAAAUAAAAAUGGAAGAAAAACAGUCUAAAGAGGAAAUGGAAUAUGUAGAAAGAACAGAAGAUUUUUCUAAACUAAUUCAAUACGGACUGGACGAGAAAGUAGCUGCAAAACUGGAUGAAAUUUACAAGACAGGAAAAUUGGCUCACGUCGAUUUGGAUGAAAGAGCAUUGGAUGCAUUAAAAGAGUUUCCUGUCGACGGCGCGUUAAAUGUGCUCACACAAUUCCUGGAGUCAAAUUUAGAACACGUAUCAAAUAAAUCUGCAUACCUUUGCGGAGUUAUGAAAACUUAUAGACAAAAGAGCAGAGCUGGUCAAGGUACCAGUACCAGUACCACUCCAAAAGCACCGGAUGAGGAUAAAAUAAAGAUGAUCCUCGAACGAACCGGUUAUCCAUUGGAUGUAACGACAGGACAGAGAAAGUACGGCGGACCUCCUCCGAAUUGGGAAGGUCCUACUCCAGGAACGGGUUGCGAGGUGUUUUGUGGAAAAAUUCCAAAAGAUAUGUACGAAGACGAGUUGAUUCCAUUAUUUGAAAAAUGUGGAAAGAUUUGGGAUUUAAGACUAAUGAUGGAUCCAAUGGCAGGUUGCAACAGAGGAUAUGCAUUUAUCACUUUUACUAACAGGGAAGCGGCACAGCAAGCUGUUAGGGAGCUCGAUAAUCACGAAAUAAAACCCGGCAAGAAUCUGAAAGUAAACAUUAGCGUUCCUAAUCUACGACUUUUUGUGGGGAACAUACCAAAGUCAAAAGGCAAAGAGGAGAUCUUGGAGGAAUUUGGUAAAUUAACAGCUGGCCUGACCGAGGUGAUUAUCUACAGUUCACCGGACGAUAAGAAGAAAAAUAGAGGUUUUUGCUUCUUAGAAUAUGAAUCUCACAAAGCAGCUUCCUUAGCGAAACGAAGAUUAAGCACCGGUCGUAUCAAGGUGUGGGGCUGUGAUAUCAUAGUCGAUUGGGCUGAUCCGCAGGAAGAGCCAGACGAACAAACCAUGUCUAAAGUGCGCGUACUGUAUGUAAAGAACUUGACGCAAGAUUGUUCAGAGGAGAAGCUGAAGGAGUGUUUCGAAGAAUACGGUAACAUCGAGAGAGUGAAAAAGAUCAAGGACUACGCUUUCGUGCAUUUCGAAGAACGAGACAAUGCUGUUAAGGCAAUGAACGAACUAAAUGGUAAAGAAAUCGGAGGUUCUCACAUAGAGGUGUCGCUCGCAAAACCACCGUCUGACAAGAAGAAAAAAGAAGAAAUGCUUCGUGCCAGGGAACGAAGAAUGUUACAAAUGUUGCAGGGUCGGACCGGAGGGUCUCCGUCGCAUCCGAGUAUGAUGGGGGGCCCGAUGCCAGUUCGCGGGCCUGGCCAAGGUCCUCGUGGCACUGGUGCAGGUAUGCGAGGACAAAUGGGACGAGGCGAUUAUGCUCUCAUGGAAAUAGAUUAUGAUUACGACUAUUACGGUUAUGGGGAUUAUCGAGGUGGCUACAGUGAUCCAUAUUACGAUGACUAUUAUCGAUACGAAGAUUACUAUUUCGAUUACGCGCCGCCUCCGCCACCUGCCAGAGGGAGAGGCAGGCAGCCUCAACCGGCUGGACGUGGCCGUGGACUAGUAGUGCCGCGUGGCCGAGUCGGUGGCCCGCAAACCCGUGGGCCAGUCAGGGGGGGACGCAACCCCGCAACUUCAGGGGCCCGUGGGGUCCAGCGGCUGUCCGCUCGUGGGGGGGUCCGCGCCAAGGGAAGUUUACCAGGUGAGGAUGCAGGUAAACGAAAAUUUGACGGGGGUCACCAGAACCAGGGGGAAUCUAAGCGUCGCUUCCAGAGCAACUGGGGAAACCAACCCCUCGCCCAACAACCACUGGGCAAUGCGUACGGAUUGGCGAGUGUGAAUGGCGGUAGUGGUGGUGGUGGCGGCGGUGAUAUUGGAUUCGGAGGCAGGACCGCCACGCUCGGCGGCGUUUCCAACGACGAUCACGAGUGGUACCAAGACUCCUAUCAGUCGUGGAGCUAACUUCUGCAAGUCUGUGAGUGAAUACGCACGUACACAAAGCACGCACGCAAGCAACCACGAACAAAACGGAAAAACCAACCAAUACAACAACGGACACGUACGACGUAUGGGAGACGACAAAAUUUGGAUUCGUUGCUGCGCAAACGAGAGCCAGGAAUGCUGUUGGCGUCAGAGAGGUAAUCGGGAAAGGAGGAGGGAAGCGAAUGAUUAUAAGAAUUGAGAGGGCUUUAAACGAGAGAAAGAUUGUGGAGGUAGGGAAAGGAAGUAAUUCGCUUUACAACAUCAUUUACUCGAUCGAUCUGAUAACUGUAAAUGUUUUCGUAUAUAUUUAACAAACAAACAAACAAAAACAAAGUAAAAGUCGUUGGUAUGGAAAUGGAAAUGGAAACGGAAACGGAAACGGAAACGGAAACGGAAACGGAAACGGAAACGUGAACGAGAACGUAAAAGAGAAAAUUUCGCCGCGUAGCGUCGUGCUCGACGCCACCACCAUCGCCCCGCUGUUGUUGUUGUGAUUACGUAUACAGUGAUGUGCCACUGGGACUAAUUAUUACAUCGGAGUGACCACCCAACAACCCACCCCGUACUAUUAUUAUAUAUAUAUAUAUAUAUAUAUAUAUAUAUAUACGAUAUAUAUAUAUAUAUAUUUAUAUAUUUAUAUAUAUAUAUAUAUAAUACGAUAAUACUAAGUACCGCUACUGCAUUGUCACAUUGUUUUACUGCCAAGUGAUACGAAGAUCGGCGAUGUUGACAUCGGAAUUGUGAUGAUGGAUCGUAUUAGUUAAGAGAAUUAACGUGGAAGCCUGCGGUUUUAUUACGCGUCGAUUCGAUUUUUUGAGUCUACGCGGAGAAAAAAAGGAGCAGCGUGUGUGUAUGCUUUUCGAAUAAGUCGGAUGGAAAGGAAAUCGCGUUUGUACGAAUGAGGAUUCGAGUAAAUGGACAAGAGAGCGAAUGUGUUGUUCGUAGUUGGGCUGAGAACUAGCGUGUUCCAUAUUCGUAACAAAAAAAAAAAAAGAAAAAGAUCGUUCGUUGGCGACAAAGCAGGUUCUUUUUUUUCUUUGUUUUAUGGGAAAGUUGAUAAGGGUGCGAAUGAGUUAACAAUCGCGAUCGUUGGUACAUCAAUGUACCGACGGGUUUGGAUCAAAUUUUUUUUUGCCGCUAGUUGAAGGAAGGGAACAGGUGUACGUGUUAAAUGGAUGCGCGUAUGCGUGGUGUGUGUAUGUAUGUGCGUAUGCGAGAAAAGCGCGCCAAAGUGCCGCUAGGACCUUCUAUUGUUGGUCUAUAAAUGUGUACAGUCAGUGAAACUAUUAUUAUUAUUAAGGGUCAAACAGGUUUUACGGAUACGGAAAAUGAAACGUUUGUAAAUCAAAUUUCUUGAGAGUGUUUAUGGAAGCGUCUCGCAUUUGUUCGGUUACGGUCACGCAAGAGAGGGUUUUAUACCGGGUAUAUGAAACAUACGAGAGGCUUAAGAGAGAGAAAAGAAAAUUAAUGGUUAAACAAAAUUAAUCGAAAAAUGAGAAUCGCUUAGGAAAUUUUUUCGACGACGGUACCCAAGUAGCGAGAGAAAAUUAGAAAUCUAAAUUAUUAGUCUAUUUAUUAUUUAUGUCUUUCUUCUUCUUCUUCUUUUUUUUUUUUAAUAUGUUUUGGUUUUUGUUUUUUUUCUUCUUUUUUUUUCUUUUGUGGUCUGAGGACGUUGAAUUGGACCGGUGAACACUAGACGGACGCACGGGACGAAUAGAGAAAAAGUUUAGCUUAUACGUUUCGUUUUUAUUUUUGUCAUAAAUUUUACUGUCAAAAUUUUUAUGUCGCUGUGAUUUGUUCGCGCGACGCUCCUCCGCGCCACGCGCAGGGAUGUUUUUUAGGAACUUAGAAACGACUGACUACCGAGUUUGAUAAUGAUAGUCACGGAUUGAUUUAGGAUGUUUAAAGUGUACGCAACGUUUAUAAAUGCAUGAACACAUACAGCACACAUUUUGAGUGUUGA